UUGACAAACUUGAAAAACUUUGUCUCACGAAACAUAUACAUGUACAUGCAUGUUGCACUUUAAAUCAUUUCAAUGUUACAACUAUGUAGAACGACGUUUUUAACACUUCAUAUUGUAUACCUGUAGUAAAAAUAGACGUCAAACUAGAUCUGACAAACCAAUUUAUCUUUAGUACGAAGAUGUUUCGUUUGUUUAUAUUGGUAGCAAUUCUUGUUACAGCUCUGGCGUCUUCUCUGAUCACACCAGAGCUAGAUGAUCGGUGGGAAGAGUACAAAUUGACGUACAAGAAAACUUAUAGUCUGUCGGAACAUCAGCAGAGACGUAUAAUAUGGGAGAGCAACCUACGAUACAUCAGGAAACAUAACAUUGAUGCUGAAAAAGGACUGCACACAUAUAUUCUUGGCGAGAAUGAAUACUCUGAUAUGACCAACAAGGAGUUUGUAUCAGUGAUGAAUGGAUUUAGAAUGCGUCAUACUAGACGAGAAGGCAGGACUUUUAUAGCACCAGAUGGUCUAACCGUUAACAGUCUGCCACCUACUGUAGAUUGGAGAACAAAGGGCUACGUGACUAAUAUAAAAAAUCAGAAAGCCUGUGGAUCAUGUUGGGCAUUUUCAGCAGUUGGAUCAGUAGAGGGACAAUGGUUCAAGAAGACACAAACAUUAGUAUCACUCUCUGAACAGAACAUUCUUGAUUGUUAUGGUCAAAUUGGUAGUUGUAUUGGUGGAUGGAUCGAUAAUGCAUUUCAGUAUAUAAAAAAUAACAGUGGAAUCGAUUCUGAAGAGUCGUAUCCAUACAGAGACCACCAAUGGUUUUGUAAAUUCAAUCGAGAUAAUAUACGCGCCACCAUUACCGGAUAUGUCGAUCUAACAGCACAAAGCGAGGAAGAAUUGCAAAUGGCUGUUGCUUCAGUUGGGCCAAUAUCAGUGGCAAUUGAUGCAACUGGUCCGCAAUUUCAACAUUACAAAAGUGGCAUAUACAACUAUAAAGAUUGCAGUUCAACGGAAUUAGAUCAUGCAGUACUUACCGUUGGAUAUGGCGCAAGUGGGGCAGAUAACUACUGGAUUAUUAAAAACAGCUGGGGAACAUCAUGGGGGAUGGAAGGAUAUUUCAAUAUGGUGAGAAACAACAACAACACAUGUGGAAUUGCAACGACGGCGAGUUUUCCUACUGUAUAAAUAGUUAUAAAACUGAAAAUACGAUACUGUUAGCGUUGUAUGGUCUGUGUUAUCCUUUUUUUCUACUUUUGUUUAAUUAUAUUAAUUUGUCUAUAAACUGAAUUAUAUACCAAGUAUGAUAUUAUAUACUUUUCAACAAUUAAAAAUAGCCGAAUAAAAUAUUAAGUUGAAGAGCGCUGAGGAACAAACAAAUGCCUUUUAUCUUUUUCGUUUGUUUCAAGAUAUAACCUAAAAAAAAAAGAAACAAUGUGAAAUGAACGAUUAAUAUAAACAAAAUUAUCCAAGAA